AAAAGAGGGGAUUUCUCUGUUGCGCAUGUGUGCGCUCUCAGCCUGAUGGGAGUUGUAGUUCUGCGGGUGAAGUCCGACGUUACUAUCAAGAAACCAAACUGCAAGCUUUGGGAGUUGUUCGCUGUCCCUACCGUGCUCUGCUAGGGAGAGAACGCCAGAGGGAGGCGGCUGGCCCGGCGACAGGCUCUCAGAACCGCUACCAGCGAUGCUACUGCUGUGUGUGUCGCUGGUCGCAGUCUCGGCGCUAGCGGUACAGGCCCCAGGAGCAGGGGAGCAGAGGCGGGGAGCAGCCAAAGCGCCCAACGUGGUGCUGGUCGUGAGCGACUCCUUUGAUGGAAGGUUAACAUUUCAUCCAGGAAGUCAGGUAGUGAAACUUCCUUUUAUCAACUUUAUGAAGGCACGUGGGACUUCCUUCCUAAAUGCCUACACAAACUCUCCAAUUUGUUGCCCAUCACGUGCAGCAAUGUGGAGUGGACUCUUCACUCACUUAACAGAAUCUUGGAAUAAUUUUAAGGGUCUAGAUCCAAAUUAUACAACAUGGAUGGAUGUCAUGGAGAGGCAUGGCUACCGAACACAGAAAUUCGGGAAACUGGACUAUACUUCAGGACAUCACUCCAUUAGUAAUCGUGUGGAAGCAUGGACAAGAGAUGUUGCUUUCUUGCUCAGACAAGAAGGCAGGCCCAUGGUUAAUCUUAUCCAUAAUAGGACUAAAGUCAGAGUGAUGGAAAGGGAUUGGCAGAAUACAGACAAAGCAAUAAAUUGGUUAAGAAAGGAAGCAAUUAAUUACACUGAACCAUUUGUUCUUUACUUGGGAUUAAAUUUACCACACCCUUACCCUUCACCAUCUUCUGGAGAAAAUUUUGGAUCUUCAACAUUUCAUACAUCUCUUUAUUGGCUUGGAAAAGUGUCUCGUGAUGCUAUCAAAAUCCCAAAGUGGUCACCUUUGUCAGAAAUGCACCCUGUAGAUUAUUACUCUUCUUAUACAAAAAACUGCACUGGAGGAUUUACAGAAAAAGAAAUUAAGAAUAUUAGAGCAUUUUAUUAUGCUAUGUGUGCUGAGACAGAUGCCAUGCUCGGUGAAAUUAUUUUGGCCCUUCAUCAAUUAGAUCUUCUUCAGAAAACUAUUGUCAUAUACUCCUCAGAUCACGGAGAGCUGGCCAUGGAACAUCGACAGUUUUAUAAAAUGAGCAUGUAUGAGGCCAGUGCACAUGUUCCGCUUUUGAUGAUGGGGCCAGGAAUUAAAGUCGACCUUCAAGUAUCAAAUGUGGUUUCUCUUGUGGAUAUUUACCCUACCAUGCUUGAUAUUGCUGGAAUUCCUCUGCCUCAGAACCUGAGUGGAUAUUCUUUGUUGCCAUUAUCAUCAGAAACAUUUAAGAAUGAACAUAAAGUCAAAAACCUGCAUCCACCCUGGAUUCUAAGUGAAUUCCAUGGAUGUAAUGUGAAUGCCUCCACCUACAUGCUUCGAACUAACCACUGGAAGUAUAUAGCCUACUCGGACGGCGCUUCAGUAUUGCCUCAACUCUUUGAGACGGAGUCUCCCUAUGUUGUCCAAGCUUGUCUCAAACUCCAGAACUCAAGCAAUCCUCCUGUCUCAGCCUCCCAAAGUGCUCAGACUACAGGUAUGAGGCAUAGAACCUGGCCUAACCCAAUUUUUAAAAAAUUUUAACGUUAAAAAUCUGAGUCUUAAAUAAUUAUUGGGUCAAAAAAUUAUAAUUAGAUGCUAUUUUAAAUGUAAUAAAAAUGAGAAAAUUUAGAUCAGUCAUUUAGGAUGGCAUGGUUACAGACAAAAAUAAGAACAUUUAGAAAAAUAUAUGAUACAACCAAAACUAUACUCAGAAUAAUAUUAUUAGCCUUAAACUUUUUAUUAUUAAGGGAAAUUUAAAAACUGUUCAAUGUUAAAAGUUAGAAAAAAUAUCCAUAAAUUUUGCAAUAUUUAUGGUGAAGUUUUGAUAUCCUUAAAUAAUGGUUUGAGAUCUGUAUUUCCACUUAGAAUAGACAAAGAUGCAAAGGAAUACUGCUCCCAUGUUAACAACAACCACAAAAAGAAAAAAAUAAAGCCAGAAAAUCUACAAAAUCAAAACUUUUCUUGAGCCCAUCAGAGAAAGGAGAUUGCCAGGCAAUAGGUGAACUGAAUUCAAAAAAGGUGGCAAGCACCUCCAAGGACAGGUGAGACCUUUGACAGAACACAGGAGGAAAAACUCAUAGGCAAAAAAGGGGGUAAAAAAGCAAUUGAUGCUUUGACAUAUACUUAAAGGCCAAAUGUAUGUGAAAAUAACAGUAGAAACUCUGGGAACCCCCCAGACAUGGUGUGCCCACUGACUAACCGGCUUUCUUUCACGGACUCAACCUGGUACUUAAUGAGAAAGAUUGGGACAGAGCAGAAGACCUGAUGGAGCUCCCUUAGUAGGACGGGUGUAUAGACAGAGUGGCUGCCUCUUGAGGACAAGCACAAAACCCAGAACUUUUUGUCAUACAAAGUAAAACACAUCUGCCACUGGGGCAGAUCAGAAAACCCUCUCACCCCUAGUCCUCAGCAAAAGGUCAACUGUCACUGGGGAGGGGCAGAUUACAGCAAAAGCUAUCACUGCUGGGGAAGAUGGAGAAACCUAAUCAUGCCCAGAAUCUUCGUUACAAAGCAAAGGUUUCUCACAAAAGGGACAAGACCAGGAAACUUGCUCUUGGAAGUUAAGAGACAGAAUUCAGCUGCCAUAGAGGGAAGGGACAGGAUUAUGGGGAAACUCCCACGCUUGAGGCUCAGGCCCCCAGGGCCUACGUAAGACGAAAGUUGGAACAGGAAGGCCAGGAAAGCCACCCUGCCCCCACCAUGGGCAACAAACAGCACAAGACUUCUGGGAGAGGGGCAGAAGCCUGGAGAGAAACAUCCCCAUCCCCUCCGCCACUCUGGUGGCCAAGUAUGAAGGGCCAGCUGAAAGUUGGGGAUGGAGCAGAAACACUGAGAAAAACCUUCUAGCAUUCUAGGCCUCAUAGGAAAUGCAAGAUGUCAGUAUGGAGGAAUAUGAAGUCAGUAGUAUAAUAAUGAUAACCAUAGCAACAACAAAACCUAAACCUAGCUCAACUACUGAUUAGAUUUACCACCCUGGUAGCCUGAUGGGUAAAGAGGCAUGGCUAUUUUCAGAAGUAAACACUAUUUACAUCAGUCACUCUUAUUCUUUUACAUAUAAUGUCUGGCAUUCAGUAAAACUUACAAGGCAAAAGAGUAAAAAAAAAAAAAAAAAAAAGCCAAUUUUUAAGAGAGAAAGCAGUAAACAGAACCAGACUGAGAGAUGGCCCAGAGGCUGAAACUGCCAAAGUAACUUUAAAAAUGCUAUGAUUAAUACGUUAAAGGAUAUAGUGGAAAAUAUGGACAACAUGCAUGAACAUAUACAGAAUUUCAGCAGAGAUGGAAA